AUGUCAGAACACAGCAGGAAUUCAGAUCAAGAAGACCUCUUUGAUGGCGAGAUUGAUGAAGAUGAAAUCUUGGCCAACUUGUCCCCUGAAGAGCUGAAAGAACUGCAAUCCGAAAUGGAAGUCAUGGCCCCUGAUCCCAGGCUUCCUGUGGGAAUGAUUCAGAAAGAUCAAACUGACAAGCCGCCAACAGGAAACUUUGACCAUAAAUCUCUUGUUGAUUAUAUGUAUUGGCAAAAGGCAUCCAGACGCAUGAUGGAAGAUGAACGUGUUCCUCUCACCUUUGUGCCAUCCGAGGAAAAUGCUCAUGAGAAGCAUGAAGAAAUAGACAAUGAUAAUAAAAAUAUGUCCCAGUAUUUAAAAGAAAAGCUCAAUAAUGAAAUUAUUGCAAAUAAAAAAGAAUCAAUGAAAAAUAUAUCCCAGUGUUUAAAAGAAAAGCUCAAUAAUGAAAUUAUUGCAAACAAAAGAGAAUCAAAGGGCAGCAACAAUCUCCAAGAAACAGAUAAUGAUGAUGAUGAUGAUGAUGAUGAUGAUGAUGAUGAUGAAGAUGAUGAUGAUGAUGGUGAUGAUGAUGAUGAAGGGGAAGAUACUAGUGAAGAGAAUGGUGAAAAAACAAAAAAAGAAGAGGAGUAUGAAAUAAAUGAGAAAAUCAGGAAUGGUGAAAGAAACUGCCAACAGGUAACCAAUAAAGCAUUUGAAAAACAGAAAGACAAACCAGAGGCACAAGAAAAAAAUGAGAAAAAAAUAUCAAAGCUAGAUCCUAAGAAGUUAAGUCUUGAUACCAGUUUUUUAAAGGUAAGUGCAAGGCCUUCAGGAAACCAAACAGACCUGGAUGGGAGCUUGAGGCGGGUUAGACAAAAUGAUCCUGACAUGAAGGAACUCAACCUGAACAACAUUGAAAACAUCCCCAAAGAAAUGUUGCUGGACUUUGUCAAUGCAAUGAAGAAAAACAAACAUAUCAAAAUCUUCAGCUUAGCAAAUGUAGGUGCAGAUGAAAAUGUAGCAUUUGCCUUGGCAAACAUGUUGCGUGAAAAUAGGAGUAUCACCACUCUCAACAUUGAGUCCAACUUCAUCACAGGGAAAGGAAUCGUGGCCAUCAUGAGGUGUCUCCAGUUCAAUGAGACACUAACUGAGCUUCGGUUUCACAAUCAGAGGCACAUGUUGGGUCACCAUGCUGAAAUGGAAAUCUCUAGGCUUUUGAAGGCCAACACCACUCUCCUGAAGAUGGGCUACCAUUUUGAACUUCCGGGUCCAAGAAUGGUGGUUACCAAUCUGCUCACCAGAAAUCAGGAUAAACAAAGGCAGAAAAGACAAGAAGAACAGAAACAGCAGCAACUCAAAGAGCAGAGAAAGUUAAUAGCCAUGUUGGAAAAUGGGUUGGGGCUGCCACCUGGGAUGUGGGAGAUGUUGGGGGGACCGAUGCCAGAUUCCAGAAUGCAGGAGUUCCUCCAGCCUUCUCCUCAACCACCCAAUGCACAAGCAGACCCUUUAAAUAGACGAAAUGAAAUGAUGAAAAAGCCAUCACAGCCUCCACAGUACAGGACGGACCCUGACUCCUUCCGGGUGGUGAAGCUGAAGAGGAUCCAGCGCAAAUCUCGAAUGCCGGACGCCAGAGACCCGCAAGAGAAAACCAACCUCAAAGAUGUGAUCAAGACACUCAAACCAGUGCCGAAAAAUAGGCCGCCCCCGCUGGUAGAAAUCACACCCAGAGAUCAGCUUUUGAAUGAUAUUCGUCACAGCAACGUGGCCUAUCUUAAACCUGUACAACUGCCAAAAGAACUGGAAUGAGAGUCAACUAAUCUAGAAGAACAAGGAAUUGAAAUAACUGCUUUAGCACUUGGAGACUACUUCAGCAGCAUUACUUGGGAUUUCAGGUGGCAGAACUGGGACUAAGCUGACAUCUGCUGGGGGUAUUUUGUAUAAGACAGGAUGCUUGACCUACAACAAAAUAAGGGUUGAUGAGGAAGGAGAGUAGAGGUAAAAUACUAAUAGCAGGCACAAUGUUUUCUACUUCUAAUCAAUUUGAGUGACUUAGGUGACAUUAAAAAUAAUGCUUCAAGCAACAGGAGUCAUAAAAAAAUACAUGCUUUACUGUUAAUCUGCUUAAUAACAA